AUGAAUGAAAGUACUUUCACGGGAUUGCUUGCUUUUGGAGAAGGGAUGGGUAAGAGGAUGAGACUUAUGUGCAAUUAUGUAGCUGAAAUUGCACGGAAACAGAGAUACAAGCACUUUUUCGAUACAAAAGGUUUGACCUUUGAGAUAACACACUGGUUUUAUGAAUUCACGCAGGGUAUAACAUUUUUUUCUUAUUUCGUGCUUAAAAUUGAUCAUGAUUGGCAUGAUAAGUUUGUUGAGAAUCGAUCACGUUUUUGUGUGCAGAAUGAAGUGAUUAAACCGACAGUAAAUGGGGUUUUAAACAUCAUGAGAUCAUGCUGCAAGGCCAAAACCGUCAAGAGACUCAUUUACACUUCAACCACAGGAACCGUAGCCGUUCAACGACAUCCCCAGCCCGAGUUCAAUGAGAGUUUCUGGACUGAUAUAGACUUCUGCAAGGACCAAAAGAUGACCGCAUGGAUGUAUUUUGUGGCGAAAACAUUGGCCGAGAAAGCAGCAUGGGAAUUCGCCAAAGAGCAUGGUCUUGAUCACGUAACGAUUCACCCUUCUGUUGUCAUAGGGCCAUUCAUAACUCCCUCGAGACCUCUCAGCAUUGAUAUUUUGCUUCCCGUAAUAACUAGAAAUGAAGCUCUUUACCCAAUGGUAACUCGAGACGUUCACUUGGAUGAUGUAUGCAAUGCUCACAUAUACCUUUUUGAGCAUCCGGAGGCAGAAGGAAGAUAUAUAUGCUCGUCUCACUGUUUCACCAUUCUGGAUCUCGCCAAAUUGUUGAGCCGAAGAUACCCAGAGUACAAUAUACCAACCAAGUUUGAGGGUGUCGAUGAAUCAUUGAAACCUGUCUCUUGCUCAUCUAAGAAACUCGUGGACCUAGGAUUCAAAUUCAAGUACAACGGCCUGAAGAGCAUGAUGUGGGCGAUUUGGUCUCGGAUGAGACUGAAUCAUGCAUAGAAAACGGGCUGAUGCCAGUGUAGAAUGCAAAGCUUGCCUAUCACGUCGCUGGAAAUCAAGAGAGGAACAAGCCCACAGCAUUGGCACUCGGAUGAUUCGCUCUCGGAUCCAAAAUGCAGAUAGUUUACAUUUGUAAACAUGGAUGGCUUUUGAUCAGUUAGCCCUCCAAUUUGUAUGCUGUUUUGUUUUCCUACUUGUACAAUAACAUGUGAAAACAGAUAGUCAACGGCAAAUAUGACCGCAAAUACUUCAGUUCAGCA